AGCUUCAGCGAUACAGAACAGCCCCCGUCUCAAAAUGAUGUGGAUAAAUCCACAGGCAGCGCAGUACUUAAAACCAUGACAUCAUCCCUUAGCUAAGAGUUUAUCAACCGCGGUCUUGGGAGAGACAGCCUGUGUGUUGCCGGGGCUUUCGUACCAGCUUUUUUUCUCAACUAGGCAGACGAAACUCAGCAAUUACAACAUUGACCAUGUAUAUCACUAUACAUGUAUCUUUUUUAUGAUUUGUUACAGAAAUGUUUGUUUAAUUGCGCAAGUUGCUAUUUUGAGACAAAGCACAAUUCUGGAAAUAGACGAGUAUUAGUUCAAUGUUGAAUUCUGGGCAAUGUUGAAUAAACAUCUCCAACGCCAAUUCCCCCCCCCCCCCACAAGCAGUUAAUUUAUUGAAUCCGAAAAGUGCGGUCGUUAAAGGUCGAAGACCCAACAGGGGAGAAAUUUGGUUAUUAAUAGCGGAGUCAAACCUAACAAGCCAGUUAGUAACCAAUUAGUGCGAUAACCUUAGAUAAUUGUGAGAUGGCUACUGCGCUGCUAAGAAAACCACGAUGCAUAAUGCGAUCCCCAGAUGAAGCACACCUCAGGACAAAGCUAGCUAGCGAUUUAAAGCCAUCCAAAAAAGCUAGCUAGUUAGCCGACUGGUGAAAUACGCAGUAUAGCUACCAAUGCAGACUCUUCUUGACACGUCAAUCAUUUAACAUCAGAUGUGCUCAUGAGAUCCAUAGCGUGAUAUAUAAAUAGCAUAGCUAGUUGUCUAACAAGCAAUUUUUUUUUUUGCAACGAAGACAACUAACCCUCACUAGAUCACUAGCAAGAACUGGCGUGACGGUCAUAAUAACAUUAUUAAAUGGCCGACUCGACUGCUCUGAGCUCCACCCACCUUGUUGAUCAGCAAUCCGAGAGACUUCCGCUUUUGACAUUUUUAUUAUUAUUUUGCGGUAGACGGUCACGUAAACACCCAAAUAUUUUUUAUUCAUCCAAAAAUAUUUACUAAACAAUCAGCACCACCACCACCUCUGCGCCACCACGUUAAGUUAAAUAAUCGCUGAUUUCCAUUUUGUGGAAUUAGAACUGAGCACAGUAACCCAUAGCUUACUGGUACUACACACCACCUUCGCCCGCAUUCACAGUGUAUUCAGUGAGCGCAGCUUUAACUUACGCCAUCGCGUUUCCAGGGAGCAGGCGCGUUGACAGAGGGGAGGAUGAAGAUCAUCUUUUUUUUUUGUUUUUUAACGUGCCUGUGUACGGUAACAUUAUCUGGGAGUUGCAGUCCUAGACAACGAUCAGUUCACCUACUCGAAAUAAUCUGACGUUCAGCGAUGUCGAUCGCUUCUUUCAAGAGGACAAGACCCAUCUCCCAUUUAACCAGUGCAAUAACAUUCCCAUUAGAAAAUAACGUCAUUUUCUACUGCUUGUAAUAGAAAGCAAAGGGCGGUGAUUAACCGCCGCCAGCCAAUGGGUGAACGCGGGGAGGACUGUGUGGGCGGGUUUAUGUCGCCGUCAGUCAGUUUCAGAAAAAGAGGACCACAGAGGCAGAAAAAGAGUCCGGGAGAAGGACCAACCCCACCGGAUUCGCAUCCUGACAACAGCUCGGAGGUUUGCGCAAAAACGCCAAUGCCGCACUUGGACUUUAUGGAGGAUUAAAUUAUUCCAUCGACUCGAAAAAGAGAGACAGAUUCUACAAUUUGACCGGUUAGCUCAAGCUUUGGGCUCGACACUUCGGUCCGGCGCCAGGAGGAGAGUCUUGAUCGAAAAUGAAGAGCCUGGAGGAGCCCCCUUACCUGACCGUGGGCACGGACGUGAGCGCCAAGUACCGGGGAGCCUUCUGCGAAGCCAAGAUCAAAACCGCCAAGAGACUGGUCAAAGCCAAGGUGACGUUUAAGCAGGACUCGUCCACGGGGGAGGUGCACGACGAACACAUCCGCGGGCCUUUGAAGGUUGGUGCUACUGUGGAAGUUCGAAAACAGGAUGGAAUGUACCAAGAAGCUACAAUCAACAAAUUAACAGACGCCAGCCUGUAUACAGUUGUGUUUGAUGAUGGAGAUGAGAAGACCCUCAGACGUUCUUCUCUGUGCCUGAAAGGAGCUCGGCACUUUGCAGAGAGCGAGACGCUAGACCAACUCCCCCUGACCAACCCUGAGCACUUUGGCACGCCAGUCAUCGGCAAGAAGGGCAACCGCGGAAGACGGUCCAAUCCAAUCCAAGAAGAGGACUCGUCUUCGUCCUCCAGCGAGGAAGAGGAGGGUGACCAGCGGCCGAACGACGAGCUGCUGGGCAAGGUGGUGUGCGUGGACUGCGUCUCCAGCGGCGACAAGAAGACGAGCCCGUGGUACCCAGCAAUGGUUAUUUCGCCGGACUGCAGGGACGAGUCUCAGAUGAAGAAGGACAGCGUGCUCGUCCGCUCCUUCCAGGACGGGAAAAUCUACACGGUGUUGCGGAAGGACAUUCGGGAGAUGGACGCUGACGUCGGCCUGAAACCAGACCCGGGGCUGAAACCAGCCAUCGACAGCGCCCUGGACUUCCUGCGGAGAGGGGCGGUGCCCAGCGUCUGGAGAACAGAGCUGAAAGAGGACACCUCCAGCAGUGAGGAAGAGGAUGAUGGCGAGGAAGAGGAGCAGGAGGAGGAUGCCAGCAGUGAAGAAGAGGAAGAGGAGGAAGUGGAGCCUUUUCCAGAAGAGAGGGAGAACUUCCUGCAGCAGCUGUACAAGUUCAUGGAGGACAGAGGCACUCCCAUUAACAAGAGGCCAGUGUUGGGCUACAGGAACCUCAACCUCUUUAAGCUGUACAGGCUGGUGAAUAAGCUGGGAGGCUUCGAUAAUAUUGACAGCGGCUCUGUGUGGAAGCAGGUGUACCAGGACCUGGGGAUCCCCGUGCUCAACUCAGCUGCUGGAUACAACGUCAAGUGUGCCUACAGAAAAUAUCUCUACGGCUUCGAGGAGUACUGCACCUCGGCCGGGAUACGCUUCCGGAUGGACCUCCCUCACAAGCUGGCGGAGAAGCCGGGCCCCAGGCUGCAGAAGAAGGUGGAGACGGAGCCCGGGGCCCCUGGCCCUCGAACCCGAGUCCAGCAGAGCCCUCACACAGAGAGCAAAGCCCCGGACACUGAGCCCAGCGUCUGCAAGGCAAGCAUCUCUCUCUCUCUCUAUGUAUCUUUCUAUCGCUCUCUCUCUCUCCCUCUGUCGCUUUGUCUAGCCUUCUCUCUCCCUCACUCUCUCCCCCUCUCUCAUCUGAUUUUCUCUCUUAUUCUUUCCCUCUUUCUUUUCUCACUUUGCGUUUUUUUUUCUCACUUUCACUUGCACAUUCUCUCCCACUAUUUCCUCCUUCCCUUUUUCACACCCUGGCUCUUUGCUCUUGACUGUACUGAGCAGUCGUUUUGUGGGAAACGGGAUCUGCCGGAAACAGGAAGUGAUAUAAUGAAUCCUUUUCUCCUCCCGGCGCAGGAGGAGAGGGCCUGUGACCCCGGCGGCCCCGGAAACGCCGAACCCGAGGCCGCCGCGCCGAAGAGAGAGGACGCCGAAGACGAGGAAGAGGACGAUUGCAAGCGGGAGGAGGAAGACGGGGGCGGGCCUCCGGGCCCCUGGCAGGACGACGUGAAGCCGGACGGUUUCGACGACCUCGAGGACAGGGAGAAAUCGGGGGAUGCCAGCAGUGAGGAGGGGGAAGGGGAGGAGUUUGAGUGUUACCCCCCUGGCAUGAAGGUGCAGGUGAGGUACGGGCGAGGCCGCAAUCAGAAGACGUACGAGGCCACUGUGAAAGAGUCAGACCUGGAGGGGGGAGAAGUGCUGUACCUGGUGCAUUACUGUGGCUGGAACAUCAGGUACGACGAGUGGAUCAAAGCGGACAAGAUCAUUCGGCCGGCCAAUAAGAACGCUCAGAAAGUCAAACACCGCAAGAAAAUAAAGAACAAAGCGGAACGAGAGAAAGAACUGCUGGAGAGGUUGGGGGAGAGCGGGGACCUCUCCCCCGGUAGGAACCACCGCCUGCACCGACCCCCCCGGUCCGGGGGCCCCCACGACCCCUUCUCCCGGCUGGACGGCAAAGGGCCCGAGUCUUCGCCCGUCAAGGCCCUGGAGGCGGCGUCGGCGCUCAACGGCCUUCGAGGUUCUGAGAGCUCAUCGGAUGAGGACACCGACAGAGAGGAGGAGGAUGAGGAUGGUGACAAUGAGGAAGACGAGCGAGUGCCGGGUGGGCUGGGCAGCCCUGCUGAGGACUCUCGUGCCACAGAGCGCAGGGAGGGUGGCCCGCCACCAGAGGGCGGCAGAGCGGCUGCGGCAGCAGGGGAGGGAGCCCGUAACGCGGACGUCCAGGACUGCAGCAAGCGCAGGCCCGAGCCCGAGGGCGAGAGGGGCGCCAGGAGGAGGAGAGCGGAGGGCACGUCCAAAACCAGAGCCAGAAGAGGAGACUGGCUGCCGAGCGGCUCCCCCAAGAGGCCGGAGGACCGAGGCGCGGGCUCCAGGGAAGAGGCCAGGCUGAUGUCCAGCAGCAGCAGCUCGGACGACGAGGAGGAAGGGGGAGGCGCCUGUCGGGAGCCACGCCCAGAGGAGGGGCCACGGCAGCGCGGCAGGUCCAAAGCCACGCCCUCCAGGAAGUACAACGGGCUGAAGGAUAAGACAAAAGGCGGGCGGCCCUCGACAUUCUGGGAGGUUCCGGAAAAGAGGCCCAAGCUGGCCCUGGGGUGUGAGGAGAGGCUGCCGGGGAGAACCAAGGGGCAGAAGGACAUGUGGUGCAGCAUCCAGCCCCAGUGGCCCAAGAAGACCCUGAAGGAGCUGUUCUCCGACUCGGACACGGAGGCCGCGAACUCGCCCCCGCCCCCUCCCGUCCCGCCCUCCGAGGACCCCCGGGAGGACCCCGGCGCCGCGGCGACGGCGGACGAGGACAGAGAGGCGUCCGAGGGGAAGGCGGAGCCGGAGAAGACUCGGGAGUUCCUGAGCAGCGGCAGCAACUCUGUGCUGAACACCCCGCCCACCACGCCCGAUUCGCCCUCGCAGGCCCCGCCCACCGCGGUGGAGGCGGAGUCUGCCCCGCCCCCGCCGCCGCCCGACCCGGCCCCGCCCGCCUCCCCGCCGCCCUCGGGCCCCCCCCCCGGGCGGGCGGAGAGCGUGGGCGGGCGCAGCGAGACGGACAGCAGCACGGUGGAGGUGGAGAGUUUGGGCGGGGAGCUGCAGGAGCUCCACCCCCCCGAGGACAGGCCCGGCUCGCCCCCGCUGGCCUUCGACGGCGGCUUCUCCUCCAAUAGCAACAGCAACUGCAGCCUGGCGCUCAGCGGCAGCAGCCAACCGGACAGCGAGCAGAGGGACAAAGCGGUGGCGAGCCAGAAGAGGCAGCGGGAUCCGCCACAGGUCGCCAGCGCCCCCAAGAAACAAAAGCGAAGCCACAAGAACGGCGGAACCCAUCCGAAAAAGAGGAAAACAGCACACAGCAGUGACAGCGAGGACCAGGCCAUCAGCGAGAGCGCCGGCAAGUCUCCCUCCUCCAAGACCAGCAUGGCCGCCCUCAAGCCCGCGGGGAGGUCGCCCCCUUCUGGCCACCACAAGUACCACAAGUCCGGAGACUCCGAGCACCACGCCCACCACAGGGAGAGCCACGCCCGCUCGCCCCGGGUCUACAAGUGGAGCUUCCAGAUGUCGGACCUGGAGAAGAUGAGCAGCCUGGAGAGGAUCUCCUUCCUCCAGGAGAAGCUGCAGGACAUUCGCAAUCACUACCUCUCCCUGAAGUCCGAGGUGGCCUCCAUCGACCGCAGGAGAAAACGCAUGAAGAAGAAGGAGCGAGAAAGUGUAGCGGCUGCUUCCUCUUCCUCCUCCUCCUCCUCCUCUCCGUCCUCCAGCUCCUUAACGGCGGCCGUCAUGUUGACUCUGGCCGACCCCGUAUCGGGGACCACGCAGAACUCUGGGGUGUCGGUGGAGUGCAGGUGACAGGACCCCCGGGGUACCCCCAGCACCCCCUGUGCCCCCCCCAACCCCAAACCCCAAACGACUGACCACACAGACUACUGAGGCACAAAACAAGCUCAACAGAACAAGGAGCACCUUUUCCUAUUGACCGCUGUUCUCUUGGCAAGCUAACUCUGCACUUAAGUGCACUUUUAUGAAGGAGGUGAGGUGGGGGGGAUGGUGGGGGGGGUGGCAAACAAAAAAAAAGUACAACAGACUUGGUAUUUUGUUGGUGUUAAAAGAUUUUUUUUUUUUUUUAAAGGUUGUUUUCUUCAAGCAAUAAUUGUUUUCAUGUUUCAAUUUGCUUUUGUGUGUGUGUGCAUUUUUGUCUGCGCAUGUGUAUGCAUGCGUGUGUUUUUAUGUGUGUGAGUGUGUGUGUGUGUGUCCGCGUGUGCGUGCGUGCGUGUGUGUGUGUGUGUGUGCGCACAUGCGUAUGGUAAUGGGGGGGGGGGUGUAUUUGAAUGGUCUUUCACAGAAGAGCUUUCCCAGUAGCUGACUGUAGCCCUGCAAUUAAAAAAAAAAAAAAAAAAAAAAAUGUUUCAGUUUAUUUGGCCAUCACAAGACAGUAACCACACUUUUCAAGGAACUAAAAUAGACACGUCAUUCUCUCACAUGGUCCCAUUAAAGUUCUCUUCUCCUCUUUCUGUCUCUCCGCUUCUCUCUCUCUCCGUCUCCCCGUCUCCCCUCCAUGACCUCCUUCCUUUCAAAGUGGUGCUCACAGAGACUGAAUGGUCUGUCGGAAACUCUCCCCUUUGCAGUACAGUACGGCCGGUCGCUUUGUGUCUCACAGACCCGAGCACGCUAGCAGGGGUAUCUGAGAGCUCCUAAUUGCUGGGAGACCCCAGUGCAGGAGCGCUCUGCACUGCUGAACCUUCCCUGAGAGCCCCCCCCCCCCCCCCCGAAUCAGCCGCAGGCCUCCGGAGACGGUUGUUUAGACGCCAGCCCGGCCGAAAAAGCCCCUCUGCGUCUGGGAGUGUGGAGUUUAAUUACCUCCGUUCCCAGAAUUCGACGUUUUCUUUUUGUUUUGAAGUGACUGAAAACGAGAGGAUGGCGGGUAGGGGUGGGGGUGGGGGGGGCAUGCCAGAGUGUGUCAGAAAGCGCAUCAGUAGAGCUUAUUGAACAGACAUCUGCUGGAAUUCAUAGAGCACAACGCAGGUGAUGGAUACGUGAAUAUCCAUUUAAUUUCCAUGGUAAAAGCAAAAGAUACAACGUAUGGAGGGGGAAACCAUAACCUGCCAGUCAACUGACUAUUAUUAUUAUUAUUAUUAUUGGUGCUUUAUCCCUUUGAAGAGUAGGUUUUUUGAAAUGUGUUGUCAUAAUUCUCAGUCGGUGUUCUAGAACUCCACUGAUUUCAGUUAACCAGCAGUGAUUGUUACAUCAGAAUUAGAAUGUUUGGUUAAUGUUGAGCUGUCCAGGGACAGGAAACAGGAAGAAGGACAAUUACAGUUACUGAUUUGCAUAUUUCCACAAUGAGAUAUGAGCUGAAAUCUUUAGGCUGUCGCUGCAGUUGUAUGGGUCAAGUUUGACUGGGCUUGAUUUGUGGAGUGGGAAGGUUGGGGCGGAGGUGGUAUUACAUUGUUCAUUCUAAGACAAAAGAUUAUUCUGUUUUCAAACUUUAGCAUUACUUGCUUGUACAAAACACCUGUUUUUUGAGUGACAUUCCAGAACAUUUUUGCAGCUUGAUGUUCUCAUUUGCUGAGAGCAUGUGUUCUGUCAUACUUAGCCUAGUGGCGCCACCUUCUGUCCUUUAAGCUGUACUGCAGUCUCCUGAAACAUCCCCCUUGCUCCGGUUCUCUCUCACUCUCAUUUUCUCGCUCUCCCUCCCUCCCUCCCUCAAUCAAUCCACCAAUCCACUCCCCUCCUCUCUCUCUCUGUUUAUUUGAAUCAUAUUUCAAUACUCAUUAAAAAAUAAAAAAUAAACUUUUUUUCCAAGGCACAGUUAUACUGGAAUUAGUCUCACCUCUGGAAUGACCUCCCCCUCCCCCCCAUUCCUUUCUUUAACAACAAAAAAAACAAGUUCUAAAUUCAGUAUAUAUCACCUGCCAGUUAAAAACAGUGACAUUAUGCUAAAGGACCAUUCAGGAAGUGGAGAGAAACGGUGCCGUGCUCAGUUCUGUAGAGGUCUCCAGUCCCUUUCUUCUUGUACAACACUUCCAGCUCUGUCAUAAGGAAGGUGUGUUCUUUGACACUUGCGUAAAAAAUUGUAUGCCUUUGUAAUACAUUUGUAUAUGGAGAAGUGUGUUUCAAGUCAAGCUAUUUAAUAUCUUGCACUGUUAAUACUAUGUACUUUUCUGUACAUACUGUAACUGUUUUAAGUGUAGUUUUCUGUGUACUCCCUCAGAGGGCAAAAGCAUGUCUAUUUUUCUUUUGUGUUCAUUUCUUAUGUGGUGUGGGAGUUUCAUCCGGUGUCAAGUUUGUUUUUCAUAUUUUUGUAGAAAUGUCCACUUUGUGUUUUUUGUUUUUGUUUUCUCAUUAGCUUGUGCUCGUAUGAGACGCUUUGUUUUUUUUGUUGUUGUUGUUUUUUAAAGGUGGGUUCAACAAAGUAUUUUGCAACUUGUACAUGGGCUGUAAAGUUUUAUGAAUCUUUACAAAAAAUGUCUGGGGACUGAGAGAGAGGCACAAAGCUCAUAAGGAAGCUCUAAAGUAUUUAUUAGAUUCUGCUCAUGGAUCUUGUGUAAUUUAUUGUACAAAUGUAAGCAAGAACAGAUGCCUCUGUUGAAAAUAAAUGCCAUAGUUUGAA